GAGCCGGGCUCCCGAUGCGGAAUCGAGCGCCGGCCGGCGGGCCCGCAGUGUUGCAGCGGCCGGCCAGGUCCAGAGGCAGGAUGGCCAACGUGGGGGAAGAGUUUAACCUGAAGGUCGUCCUGGUCAGUUUCAAGAAGUGCCUGAGCGAGAGAGAGGAGGUGCUCAUGGACUACUACAUCGCCAGCUGGAAAGGCCUGGUCAGGUUUCUGAACGGGCUGGGCACCAUCUUCUCCUUCAUCUCCAAGGACGUGGUGGCCAAGCUGCAGAUCAUGGAGGCCCUGCGGCAGGGCGCGCAGAGCGAGCAGUACGCCAGCCUGCAGUCCAUGGUGCAGCACGAGGUGGCCCACGGGCUGGUGGACCUGAAGCGGCGGGAGGAGCACCCGGACUCGGGCUGCCGCACGGUGCUGCGCCUGCACCGGGCCCUGCGCUGGCUGCAGCUCUUCCUGGAGGGGCUGCGGACCAGCCAGCGGGACGCCAAGACCUCGGCGCUCUGCGCGGAGGCCUACAACGCCACUCUGGCCGGCUACCACCCGUGGGUCAUCCGCAAGGCGUCCACGCUGGCCUUCUGCACCCUGCCCACCCGCGACUGCUUCCUGCAGACCAUGAACGUGGGCUCGCCCGAGGAGGCGGUGGGCAUGCUGGGCGACGCGCUGCCCUACAUCUCCCGCGUCUACGACGUCACCCAGGAACUCUACACCCAACACGACCUCCUCGACCUCCCUUAGGGGACUCGGGGCUCCCCUCGGGCCCUCGGCCCCUCCCCCCGCCCCGAUUUGAUACCCUCCCCUGAGACCAGUCCUGUGGGGGAGUCUGUGCUCUUCUCGCACCUUCACCAGGCCUAGGGCGGGACCCCCGUGGCCACCCUGACCAGCUGGGCCGGAACCAGGAGAACCGUGGUUCCCUCCGGGGGAGGAGGAUAGUGCCUCCCAGGGCCCGGCCUGAGCCUGGCGUUCCUUCACCCCCAGACCCGCAGCGACCGGGGUCGGAGAGCGUACACCGCCCCGUCACAGCCGGUCACCCCAGAGGCCCGGGAACUCCGGAUGGGCAAGGGCACCCCAGCUCUCCCACCCGCCUCCGGGCACCAGUUGAGACUCUCAGCUCGACUCAACGCUUGCCGGGCCACCGCUGCCCUCCCCCGUCCACGGGGAGCCGGAGAGGGCAAAAGCCGUGUGUCCGGGAGCUUGGGCCGGUCGGCCAGGGGCCGGCUUCUUGGGCAUCCCUCUGCCAGGUGUCGAGGUGCUGCAGGGUGCCCGGGCCCUGGGUGUUUGCUGCUGAAGCGCGGGUUGGGGAGCCUCUCCCCGACACCCUCUCACCCUCCCACCCUCGGCACUAGGGUCCAGGCCCAGGUCGAAGUUGCCGACCCCCGCAACCGCCCCGAGCCUCGUCCUCGGAUGCAUCGGGACCCUGACUCGGGCUCGGCAGCAGGCCUGUCCGGCCACCAGUAGCCGCGCGGGCCCCCCCGGUGCCUCUAAGACGCUCCCUCAGCCGGGAAAGUUUCCCGCCCUGAGAUCACCCCCGCUGUGGCUCGGCUGGGCAGCGCACAAGACCUCGUGUCAGCCGCAUCACCUGAACCAGAGGGCUCGAUUUAGCGGAGAGGGCUGGGCCACCCCUGCCGUUGCUGCCCCUGGCCCUCUGCCCGCUGGCCCUCCCACCCCCCCAGCGUUAGUUUGCACCGGCUGAAGUCCCAACUGUGCCCCGCCCCAGGCAGACACACCUCUACGGGGGGCAGGACCCCACAACAGGGUUCAAUCUGUGACAGAAA